GAAAGUCAGAGGGCAACUUUACUCCCCCAGCCACGCUCAUUACCACAUCGCCACCUUCUCGAAUUUCAUAAACGUCAAGCUCUUCAAUUGACAUCAAUCCAGAAUGAGUCGCCCAAUCGAGUUGACCCUUGAGAAUCUCAUCCCUCGCCAUUCAGGAGCUCUUCCCCGCGAGCUUGUCGAAUUAGCAGGAUCUCUGCUCGCCCAAUCGCGCAACCAAUGCAGCAAUCUACGAGCAGAGGAGGAGGUUGCGCGAUUAUAUGCUUGCGCGAACCUGGCUUGCGAACGACUCAAAACAACCCUCAACCUCCCACCCAUCGAAUCCCGCCCUCCAAUCCCACCAGCAGCCUACUCGAAGCUCCUCAAAUACUUCGACAGCAAGCUCAAAAGCUCUGCUGGCCGCGCGCGAGCUCAACGCUCUGCCAAGGCCUCUCGCUCCACGCCCGCGAAAUCAUUACCCCAGCGCGGCACCCCAAGUAAAGAACAAAGCUUCAAAUCCUUCUCUGCCACCACACCAACAAAAUUGACUGCAGCUAUUUCAUACCGAACACCGAAAAAGGGACUAAAAUAUGGCUCUAGAUCCGACAAUGAGAAAAAGAUUCCGAAAUGGAUAGUUCCAGCUGUAAGGUUUCUCUGCAAAGAGAUGGGGACCCCGAAAGCGAUACCGCACAUCAACGCUGGUGUGGAAACUCUGCUUACUUUACCGUGUCCCAAGUUGGACGUGGAGCCAAUUGUGACUGAAGAGAAGGGGAACGGGAAAAUACCAGCGUUGAUAGCGUCGAUAUGGUAUUUUGUGGUGAUCCAGAUGCGGGGGAAGGCGAUGAGAGGGGUGGAGACUAAGGCGAGGCAAGAGAUGGUUAGGGAUGUUUUGGAGAGGGCGAGAGAGGAUGAAUGGGUGCUUGGGAGGGUGGGGAAGGGUGAGGAUGAGUGGAGGGGUUGGCAGGUUGUUAAAGGGACAGAUGUUCUUGUUUGGAACAAGGAGAUUGCGCUGAGAGGGUGGAAAGAGAUGGAUUGGUUCUCGAACGUGCCGGAGGGUUCUGGUGUUGAGGGGGAAGCUGAGGACUCGGACGAAGAGAUGGAUGAAGUGGUCCAGAAAGACGGAGAGGACGAAGAUGUGGAGGAAGCUUUUGGUGGAAGGGGAGGCAGGAAACCGGAUACGAUGCAUCAGAGGAAGUACGAUUAUCUAUCUGCAAAAAAUAGAGCGGAGUAUAAGGAGUGGAAGGAAGGAAUACUUGCUAUGGUAAAGGAAAUACGGAGUAAGAAUGAGGACACAGCCAUGACAGAUGUCUAGGAUGCUCAAGAUUCUGCACCUAGAGGCUAGACACACGAAGAUACCCAAUGAUCGAUAAUCGAGUACCUUUUUCUCAAACUCUGCCAAGACUUUUAAGUCUAGUCCGGG